UCGUUUGUUUUUUUGCCUGAGUUUGAGGCUGUGGCGACAGUUUAAACUGGAAGCUGUUAAUACGUGGCAAUCUGAUUUUAGUAGCAACUUGCUAAUUAGCCCGCACCACGGUGUGAAAAUCGGUUCAGUUGAUACGAGUUUAACAUUUAUAUUACGUUUAUUAUAAUAUUGCACAGGAGUUGCAGUUGGUCCGACAGGAAGCAUAACGGGCAGCUGUCAGCCGUUUCUGCUUAAUGUCACAUUCAGGCGUAAUAAUGUGGCUUUAACUACGUUUAUGACGUAUGAAUGGCUUUGUGACGUUCUGUUGCUAAAAACGUUCAGAUUUAGUUUGCUUAGGUUGUUUCAUUUUGUCGUAUGUCGUUUAUGGCAAUUUAUUGAUUGCCUCGUUGUUGGCUCUCCGGUCAGUUAAUUGGAUCCCUGUGCGCGUGAGCUACUGAACCAUUUAGGUGUGUCCUUCUAUGAUAAAACCCAGUACUGCAAUAUGCGGUGGGUGUCGGCAGGCUAAAUCGUUAAAGUGUGUAGCGUGUUAAUUGUGUGUUGCUGAUGUUUUGUCGUUUCUGUACCUCUCGGUUAAUUAUUACAUAGACCGUUUCUGAUUCGGUAGCUGAUUACUGGUUUGGAGCAAGACUGGACAGUUCGCUGAGCUUUUAAUGAGGAUAGUGUUACGUAACAUGCUCAGCCCUGUGUGUAUAUGCAUGUCCAUGUCCUCUGUGCUUAAGUGUGUGUUUGUGUGCGCAUGCACGCAGUCUAGUGGUAUCGGUGGGCGUUUAUAGGUAUUUAAAGGAAUUUUGGAUUCAGAAAUUUCUGGAGCUUCUCGGGAGCACGAUACAGAUGCACGGCAGUUUAUUCACAUCCUAUUUUCAAAUUAAACUAGCACUGAAAGGAACUGAAGCAUUUACCUGUGGAAAGGCACUUAUUUGCGGCUAGGAUUGUAAUUUCUUGCUUGGUGCCAACUGAAGAUACUUUUUUUUUGGGAGGGGGGGUGUUUUUUUUCAAAAUUUUGGGAAACCAGCAGAAGGAAAACCUCACUCCUGUGCUCUGGCAGGUCUGUAGCUAUGCAGCUUGAAAUCCAAGUGGCUCUCAAUUUUAUAAUUUCAUAUUUGUACAACAAGCUCCCUCGGAGGCGAGUGAAUGUGUUUGGCGAAGAGCUCGAAAGGCAGCUGAAGCAGAAGUACUGCGGCCACUGGUAUCCGGACAAGCCCUACAAGGGCUCUGGCUUCCGAUGCAUUCAUGUAGGGGAGAAGGUAGACCCAGUCGUAGAGCUGGCGGCCAUGGAGAGUGGCCUCGACAUCCACGACGUUCGCAACAACCUGCCUCAGGACCUGAGCGUGUGGAUCGAUCCGUUCGAGGUAUCGUACCAGAUUGGGGAGAGGGGUCCGAUCAAGGUGCUCUUCAUAGACGACUGCAGCGAGAAUGGCACUGAGCUGGACAGAGAGAUCAAGAGUAGCUUCAACCCAGAUGCCCAGGUAUUCAUGCCCAUCAGUGAACCUGCGGGCCUCUCCCCGCCUUCCAGCUCUCCGUCACCGCCUAUUGGCCACUCUGCUGCCGUUAGCCCCUCCUUCGUGUCACGACCCUCCCAGCCCCUAACCUUCACCACUGCUGCGUUCGCGGCCACCAAGUUUGGCUCGACUAAAAUGAAGAGCAGCGGCCGCGGUGGAAAAGCUUCCCGCGCCUCGCCUACCAACGUGGGCUUGAAGCAGAAGCCCCCCCCGUCGACUGGGCCCCAGCUCUAUGGCCUGGGCCUCAGCAAGCCCUCCGCCCUGUCCCCCAACGCUAAGGAGUUUGUGCUGCCCAGCGCCCUGGGGCAGGUGAGCCCCAGGGCUGCCUUUCCCUCCGACGGUGCGCUGGGCCUUGGGUCCUUGCCCUACGGCGGCGCCUUUGACGUGUUUACGACAUACGGGAGCCUCAACGACAAGUCCCUGGUGGACGGGCUGAACUUCAGCCUGAACAACAUGCAGUAUUCCAACCAGCAAUUCCAACCAGUCAUGGCGAAUUAGUGACAAACCUGCAAGUGAAAUAUUCAAUAAAAAGAAACAAACAAACAAACAAAAAAAAAAAAAGUUGUACGAUUAAUGCGCAUGAGCCGAGAGGAGGGUUGUACCCCCUUGCCUUUUUUUUCUUUUUUUUAUAAGCUUGUAGUACAAAAUGUUCAAGCUUGGUUACUUAAAUCUAAUGUGUAUUGUUUUUUGCCAGCCAAGCACAACAUUUAAUUUUUUUUUUUUUUUUUUUUGUACUGACUGCUUUAAAAAAAAACAAAAAACAAAAAAAAAAACCAAAUCUCCAGGUUUUGAAAUUGGCACUAUUAAGUCGUGUUUCUGCUCUUCUUUUUCUAAUGAUAAUUUAAUUUAGUACGGAGUUUGUAAAAUAUCAGAGUAUAUUGUUUCUACGACACUGUAUCGCAUUUCUAUCUUUUUACAACUUCAGUGAUGUGACGGCUCUGGCAUAUUUUAUUGUUGUUUUCUUCUUUCAGAAGUUGUGUUAAAGUCCAUCUUGGGAAUCAGCUGUUAUAAAGACUAUGUACCAGUCAUCCCUAGUGGUGGGAUUUGAAUCUGCUUUUUUUUUUUUUUUUUUUAAAUGUUUUUUUUUUUCCCAAUUUUGCUAUCUCACAGAUAUAUAUAUAAAAAAAAAUCAAAUUGUGUAUAAAAUUUUGUACUACAUUGUGCAAUACUUGAUAAAACAGUAUAACAAAGUAUUUUGAGUGUCUUACAUGUUAAGAGGGACUGAUAGUUUAUUAAGUUUGUAUUAAAAUGCUUAAAUAUGCUUGUCUAUUUUUUUUAAAUUUCAUAUCUGCAUUUUGUCAUUUCUAAUAAAACUAUCUACGACGAAA